AUGUUUUGCAUAGCUAAGGAGGCACAAGAUGAAAUAAAGGCUGCAACGCCACAGGUACAAGUGGAUGAACCAGAACAGGAAGAUGAUGAUGAUGAUGGUGUUUUGGAAGAGAGAGAAAAUUUAAAGACUGAAGAAGAUUAUCUCAAAGUAGACUAUGAAGAUGAAAUGAGGAGGCUAAACAAGUACCUUUUGGCUGCCCAGUGCCAUGCAAUACAGAAAGAACAAAGACGAUUGAAGAAGCAGGUACAGAAAACGGUGAAAGCUGAGAAUAUGCGAAUACACAACAUCAUGGAACAGGAAAGAAGACAGGCUAUUAUAAAGGAGAUGGAAAAAGAGGCCAUUAGGAGGCAGAAUUGUAUGGAGCUUGGAAAGUUCCAAAGGCAACAAAUAGAGGAGAAAAGGGAGCAAAAGAAGCGAGAGCAAGAGCAGGAAAUUCAACUUCUGGAUACUCUCAAAAAGCAACAGGAAGAGCGAUACAAGGUUGAUACUUCUUUUCUGUUAAUACAGGACGCUCUUGUCUAUGAGAAAGAGAAACAACAGAGGCUCAAGCAAGAAGAGAUUAAGCAAAAUAGUGAUGUUUGUGAGAAGUGA